ACACCUUGGAGAUGGCUUACACUGCAUUAACUUUGUCCACAUUAUUACAUUAAGAUUAUCCGCAUCAUGGUGAAAUGAAGUAAUGCAAGAUGAGCAAGUUAAAAGUGAUAUCAGAGAAAAGUGUUACCAAUAAUUCUCGGAUUGCGGGACUUUUGGCUCAGCUGGAGAAGAUCAACACUGAAUCUGUGGAAUCAGAUACUGCUAGACAUGUUACAUCAAAAAUUCUUCAUCUGGUUCAAAGCCAAGAAAAAACAAGGAGAGAAAUGACUGCUAAAGGUUCUGCGGCAGUGGAUGUUCUGCUGUCAACAUUAGAGAACGUGAAAGAUCUUCAAACUACACUAAAUAUUUUAAGCAUUCUUGUUGAGCUGGUAUCAGCUGGUGGAGGCCGAAGAGCAAGUUUCUUAGUUGCCAAAGGUGGUUCACAGAUUUUGUUACAAUUACUUGUGAAUGCCUGCAAAGAAUCUCCCCCACAUGAAGAGUUGAUGGUGCAAGUUCAUUCUGUUCUUGCUAAGAUUGGACCAAAAGAUAAAAAAUUUGGAGUGAAAGCUAGAAUUAAUGGGGCUCUGAACAUAACCCUGAAUUUGGUAAAACAGAAUUUGCAGAAUCAUCGCUUGGUUCUACCUUGUCUUCAGCUUUUACGAGUGUAUUCUGCCAACUCUGUGAAUUCAGUAACCUUAGGGAAAAAUGGAGUUGUGGAACUGAUGUUUAAAAUCGUUGGACCAUUUAGUAAGAAGAAUUCAGGUCUUAUGAAGGUUGCUUUAGACACUCUUGCUGCAUUGCUAAAAUCAAAAACAAAUGCCAGGAGAGCUGUAGACAGAGGAUAUGUCCAAGUGCUUUUAACAAUUUAUGUAGAUUGGCACCGCCAUGAUAAUCGACAUAGAAACAUGCUUAUUCGGAAAGGAAUUUUGCAGAGCUUAAAAAGUGUUACAAACAUCAAGUUGGGAAGAAAAGCCUUUAUCAAUGCCAAUGGGAUGAAGAUUCUGUAUAACACUUCACAAGAGUGUUUGGCAGUCCGGACUCUUGAUCCUCUUGUGAAUACCUCCAGUCUGAUAAUGAGGAAGUGUUUCCCCAAGAAUCGCCUGCCACUUCCAACAAUUAAAAGUUCUUUCCAUUUCCAGUUACCAGUUAUGCCUGUGAGUGGACCUGUGGCCCAGCUUUACAGUUUACCCCCUGAAGUGGAUGACGUAGUAGAUGAAAGUGAUGACAACGAUGAUAUUGAUUUAGAACCUGAAAAUGAAAUUGAAAAUGAAGACGACCUAGAUCAGAGUUUCAAGAAUGAUGAUAUUGAAACAGAUAUUAACAAAUUAAAACCACAGCAAGUACCAGGACGAACAAUAGAUGAACUAAAAAUGUAUGAACACCUCUUCCCUGAGCUUGUUGAUGAUUUUCAGGACUACGAUUUAAUCUCCAAAGAACCGAAGCCUUUUGCAUUUGACGGGAAAGUACGUGGCCCUAUUGUUGUUCCCACAGCUGGAGAGGAAGCAGCUGGGAACGUGGGCAGUGUAAGAAAAGGAGCUGUUCUGAAGGAGAAAGUGUCCCCGAAGACCGAGGAAGGCCAGAGGAAGACUGCUGCUGUGGGUGUAGCCAGAGGAGAUGUUAAAGCUGACAGAGCGUCACCACAACAGUCCGACGACCGGAGCAGAGCCGUUCCCUCUGCCUCUGCUUUCCACAGUGAUAUCGUGAAGGCCUUGGACAGAAUCACGCUGCAGAGUAUUCCCACACAGACAGCCCCAGGCUUGACUGUGGAGAUGAAGAAGGACUGUGGUCUCCCGCUCACUGUGCUUACGUGCACCAAAGCAUGUCCUCACAUGGCAGCUUGUGGGAAUGCUCUCUUUGAGGGCCGGACAGUUCAGCUGGGGAAUCUCUGCUGUACUGGAGUUGAAAUAGAAGACGAUGAAGACACUGAGUCUAAUUCAUCAGUUGAGCAAGCAUCAGUUGAAGUACCUGAUGCACCAACGCUUCAUGACCCAGACCUCUACAUUGAACUUGUGAAGAACACCAAGUCUGUCCCGGAAUAUUCGGAGGUGGCCUAUCCUGAUUAUUUUGGUCACAUUCAGCCUCCAUUCAAAGAGCCUAUCUUGGAAAGGCCCUAUGGUGUACAAAGGACAAAAAUUGCCCAAGACAUUGAGAGACUAAUCCAUCAGAGUGACAUCAUAGAUCGGGUGGUAUAUGACUUAGAUAACCCAAAUUACACCAUUCCAGAAGAAGGAGAUAUUUUGAAGUUUAACUCCAAAUUUGAGUCUGGGAAUCUGCGCAAAGUAAUUCAGAUUAGAAAAAAUGAAUAUGAUCUUAUUCUUAACUCUGAUAUAAACACCAAUCAUUAUCAUCAGUGGUUUUACUUUGAGGUCAGUGGAAUGCGGCUGGGUGUGGCUUACAGGUUUAACAUCAUUAACUGCGAAAAGUCCAACAGUCAGUUUAAUUAUGGUAUGCAGCCACUCAUGUACUCAGUUCAGGAGGCAUUAAAUGCCAGACCGUGGUGGAUCCGUGUGGGGACUGACAUCUGUUACUAUAAAAAUCACUUCUCCAGAAGUUCAGUUGCUGCAGGUGGGCAAAAGGGAAAAUCUUACUAUACCAUUACGUUCACUGUCAAUUUCCCACACAAAGAUGAUGUUUGCUACUUCGCUUAUCACUAUCCGUACACAUACUCAACUUUACAGAUGCAUCUUCAAAAAUUGGAAUCAGCACACAAUCCUCAGCAAAUCUAUUUUCGAAAGGAUGUGUUAUGUGAAACCCUGUCUGGAAACAGCUGUCCCUUGGUGACUAUAACAGCAAUGCCAGAAUCUAAUUAUUAUGAACAUAUCUGUCAAUUCAGAAAUCGCCCUUAUGUUUUCUUAUCUGCUCGGGUACAUCCUGGAGAAACCAAUGCAAGUUGGGUUAUGAAAGGAACGCUGGAGUAUCUCAUGAGUAAUAACCCUACUGCUCAGAGCUUACGAGAGUCCUAUAUAUUUAAAAUUGUCCCUAUGCUAAAUCCAGAUGGUGUCAUCAAUGGAAAUCACCGCUGUUCUUUAAGUGGAGAGGAUUUAAACAGACAAUGGCAAAGUCCAAAUCCAGAUUUGCAUCCUACAAUUUACCAUGCAAAAGGGUUGCUCCAAUACCUUGGGGCAGUGAAACGCUUACCUCUGGUUUAUUGUGAUUAUCAUGGCCACUCCCGAAAGAAGAACGUGUUUAUGUACGGCUGCAGUAUCAGGGAGACAGUGUGGCACACCAGCGACAGUGCAGCUCCGUGUGAUGUCAUGGAGGACACGGGGUACAGGACUUUGCCUAAAAUACUGAGCCAUAUUGCCCCAGCAUUUUGUAUGAGCAGCUGUAGCUUCGUAGUAGAAAAAUCUAAAGAGUCCACAGCACGGGUUGUGGUUUGGCGAGAAAUAGGAGUGCAGAGAAGUUACACCAUGGAGAGCACUCUGUGUGGGUGUGAUCAAGGAAAGUACAAGGGGUUGCAGAUUGGUACUCGAGAAUUAGAAGAGAUGGGAGCCAAAUUUUGUAUUGGUCUAUUGCGUUUGAAAAGACUGACAUCCUCACUGGAGUAUAACCUGCCCUCCAGUCUGCUGGACUUUGAAAAUGACUUAAUCGGAUCAGGCUGCAAAGUAACUAGGACACUUGGCAGCUCUGAACUCCAAUUUUUGCCUGCAGCCCUUUGAAAUUGCCGAAAGCUCUGAUGACUUCUCUGCCUCGAGCAGCUGCCUUUGCUUGGCCUUGGUUUGCACUGGAGUUUGCCCCACGCGCCUUUUCUCUUUGCUGACUUUGCUUUGUAUCCUUUCACUAUAAUAAGUCAUAAACCAAAUGCUAUUAUGUAUGUGCUGAUUCUUCCUAGCAAAUCACUGAUCCUGGGCUGGUCUUGGGACCUCUGAUAAACAUGGCCAUUCUGAAUUUCUGUCAACUUUGAUUAUCUCAGAGAUGCUAGUGUUCCGAGAACAAUCAGAGACAGAUGGUACCAUAUUGGACCCUUUUAUGAAUGUGUGUAACUAAGGCUCACAGCGAUGAAUUUUACCACGGGUCAUCUAUCUAGUAAUUCUGGACAGAACCAGGAGUCGGAACCAAAUUGAACUCUACAAUUCCCCUGUUCUUUGAUUAUUUCUUAUAUUCUCCAAGUGUAUAAUCAGAAUUACUAAAAUGUACUGUUUUCAGUUUUGGAAACUCUUGUGCAUUAUUAAGCAUUUAACACUGUCAUGUCUAAGGUAUGUUUUUAGAUCAAUAGUGAAUGUAAUUUGGAGUUUGGUGACUUAUUUACUCUUUCACAGAGACAAUUUGUACUUUUUUCAAGAAAAAUUUCACUAAUUAGAAAAUUUUCAAAGUAGAUAAAUUUUGUGAGACAUUCUGCACAUUAGUUCUUUGUGUGUGUUCGUGUACGCAUGUGUACAUAUAUGUUGUACUAUUGAUAAAAAUUAUUGUAU